CCGCAGCUUCGAAGGCGCAAGGGAGGGGUGCAAGUACUGUGUUGUCCGCGCGGGCGUGGGAGAAUGGCGAUGAUGCAGAUGUUCGGCGCCGCCGCGAGACGAGCGGCGGCGGUGGCGAUGGCGAGCCGGCCGCCUCUGACCUCUCCGAUCUCUACGCUCUCGUCGUCGGCGGCUUCGCUUCCUCCUGCAUCGCCGUCGUCGGCCGGAGCUGCCCCGCCGCUCCCGGUCCUGUGCGGGAGGGGCGACAAGCGGACGAAGAAAGGGAAGAGGUUCAAAGGAUCGUACGGGAACGCGCGGCCGAAGAAGGAGAAGAAGAUCGAGCGCAUCAAGGACAGGGUUGAGGUCCCCAGGUCCACUCCUUGGCCUCUUCCUUUCAAGCUCAUUUGAAAUUCAUCUCGCUCUCUCGCGCUCUUUUUUCUCCAGUUUCGUUCGUUCGUGUAGUUGUAGUAGCUGUACUUCUGAUUUACCGAUUGGCAAUGGAAUAUGGAAGCUGUUUGUGUAAAUCGUUGGCGGAUUUUCGGUUGGGAUUCACCCUAUAUUUCGAUUUUGAGAUUAGAGAACUUUGAUUAUCUUUGAGGCCGAUUGUUCUGCUGAUUUGAAA